AUGUUCGCCUCUACCGCUCGCCGCGCCGCGGCCCAGGCCUCCGCCUCCACUUCCGCUUAUGCGCCCAAGUACACCAUCCCCCGCACCGCCGCUGGUAUGACUCUUGGCACAGCCAUCCAGGUUGGUUCCAUCGCUGCUGGCUUCGGUGUUGCCCUUGGUAGCGGUGCCCUCUUCAUCUUCGGCGAGGUUCCCCGUGUGCGCAACGAUAUCCUCCGCAAGCUUCCUUACCUCGAUACCUACUACGACCGCACCAUCCCCGCUGAGGACAACCCCUUCUAA